AGAGCUUAUCACCCAAAGCAUACGUAGUAGACCCAGGCAUGAAGAUAAGGUUAUAUUAGUUGUUGGUGGAAUUCAGACUGGAUUAAGUAAAACUUUAGAAUAUUUCGAUCCAAUGACAGAAAAAUGGCAUUUUGGCCCGGAAUUAAUUACCAAUCAUAGACGACAUAGUCUAGUCGUAAUUAAAGACAAUUUGGUAUUUGAUGUGGGUGGUUAUGAAAUUGGUUUAUCACCUUUUCGGUGUGUUCACAUGCUAGAUAUAACUGAAAAUCCACCACAUUGGCAACUAACUAACGACCUGUUAGUUGAACGACAAUUUUUAGGUGUUGGUGUAAUAAAUGAUAAUAUCUAUGCUGUAGGCGGAUCAAAUGAUAGAUAUGAAGAUUUAAAAAGUGCCGAAGUUUUUGACUUCAAUACUAAAAAAUGGCGAAUGAUAUCCAGUAUGAAUACUUUGAGAUCUCUAUUUACGGUUGGAGUCCUGAAUGAUCUUUUAUAUGUGGUAAACUUUUUUUAUGAUUUUAAUUUUGUAUUAUAUUUGUUAUAAUAAUAAUUGGAAUUGGAAUGAUAAAAUUCUCCCGAGAAAGAAUCGUGUAAUAUAUUUACAAAAUAAAACAUUUC